AAGGAGAGCAGUCGAGAGCCCUUCCCAGCAAAGGCUCGGACCCACCUACCCCUAUAUCGAUACUUAGAGGGAAGCAUCCCCCAUUCCGCCAUGUUUGACGGUGAACGACCCCUUCUAGAUUCAGACUCUAUCGACGAGUUUUCUGGCAACAUGGCUUCCAUCCGUGUCCUCCCUAUGCAACGAGAUGUCUCUACUGCUCACCACAAACGGAACAGCAAAGGAGAGUUUACCGGCAGGUUUCACAACCCGUGGCCAUCAUGGAGAGGUCUCUCCUUGAAAGACGCCUACGAAUCGUACAUGGACGGAGCGACCCUGAAACCGCCCCCCGAGGCAGGGGAGAACGAGUCGCCUGAAAAGAACGGGAGGAUGGUCAAGGUCCGAAGGCCGGAAUGGGAGCAGAAGCCGCAGAAUGGUGAAGAGCUCGAAAAGAGUCGGGCGAAAGUGUGUUGGUUGGGCCAUGCGGGGACGUUUGUUCAACUUCCUUGGCCCGAUCGCGAGGGUGCCAAGGGGGUCAGGGAGAAUGAAGGGGUAGGAAUUUUGUUCGAUCCGAUCUUCUCCAAGAGAUGUUCGCCUGUACAGUGGUUUGGUCCGGCAAGAAACCUGCCUCCUCCAUGCAGAGUAGCAGAAUUGCCCCGAAUUCACAUCUGUCUGAUCUCACAUGAUCAUUAUGACCAUCUCGACUACAACACGAUCAUGGAGUUAUAUCGUACCAACUCGGAACACAUCCACUUCUUUGUUCCUCUGGGUGUCAAAAAGUGGUUCAUCUCGUGCAAGAUCCCGGCACACCAAGUCGUCGAGCUCGACUGGCAUCAAGAAGCCUUGGUCAAGAUCCCCCGAAGCGUAUCCUCCUACUCGGACAAUGGUUAUCCUCCACGAGCGAGCAUGGCCACAGAGUCUGAUGACGAGGCGGCACCCUUGACCGGCGGGGCUGGUGAUGGUGAUCAUUACGACGAUCAGCAUUUCGGCAAGUAUGCCAAUGGGGCAGCCUUGACGCUCAAGGUCAUCUGUACGCCUGCACAACAUCGGUCCGGAAGAGGGAUCUUCGACCACUUUAGCAGUCUUUGGUCCAGCUGGGUGGUCGGCGUGGUAAAUCGCGGAGACAACGAAGACGAUCCGUUCGAAGACGAGGCGUUGGAAGAUCGGGAUUCGGAAAGGAGGUUCAGGCCUGAGGAUGGCUUCAGAAUGUAUUUCGCUGGUGACACUGGAUUCCGAUACGCCGGCGCACCCAAGCAGGAGUCGCACUUGGCAAUGUGUCCGGCGUUCCAAGAGAUCGCCGACCGAUACGGACCCAUGGACUUUUGCUGUCUUCCCAUCUCUACGGGAUCCUCCCUCUCCUUUCUCCGAAGCAUCCUGGGCAUCUCGUUGAACCAUUACAAGUUGACUUCGACGCAACACUUGAACUCGUGGGAUGCUAUUCAGAUCAGCAAGGUCAUGGGUAGCAAGGCCUCGUUGGCUGUGCAUCAUAGCACGUUUUCGCCUGAAGAUGAGAGUCGCGGGAAUCUCUGGGAGUUCCGACGCACGACCGAGUCUGAAAACGUCUCGACCGAAUGGGGCGAACGCGGCUGUUUCAAGGUCUCUGACGUCGGCGAAGUCCUGUACCUGUGAGACCGCCCUAUCACCUCUUCUUAUCCCUCUCUCCUGCUCCUCUCCUGCGUUUCUGUGUGUGGCUAUCUGUACUAGGGCGUUUGGCUUGAAUUGGGAUGGUCUUGAGAAGCGUAUCUUCAGGGUAAACACGAAUCACUCGUUGUACGGUACAAGGCUGUUCAAGCCUGAUCAUGAUUAUACCCAUCCUCUAACUUCUACGGAACUGCGAGCUAUAUUAUCUGAGACCUUACAGUCAAGG